CUGACGCUGUAGUGCGCAGCAGCCUGGUAAGCCGGUGCUGCGUGGCGUGGACGCCCGAUCGUUUUAACUGGCAGUAUAGAGUCGCCGCUCAGGCAGACUGAAGCAAAUACAAUUUAAACACAAUCGAGCACCAUGUAAGCGUUGCAUUCUUCAAUGGAGAAGGUCUCCCGCUGCGCGCGCCCACGGUGUUUACUUCUCCACAAUGCAGACGACGGGGAUGCGGCGAUCGGAGGGUGUGAGCUCCUGAAGACAGAAGAGGAGCUGCAUCCAGCCAGCCUGACAGACAUUACAGCAGCAGCACAUGCCGCGGACGAUGUGUUUCUACACCCUGCCGUUUUCCAUCCUCUCUCGGUUAAAGUCGACUGACGGCAGCCCGAGAGACUGAAGACAUCUAUUUCCCUCGGCAGCAGCAACAACAGCCAGAGAAACAAGAUGAAAUUUCCGAUUGAGAAUCCAAGAAAACCAGGGAACAUAAACCCUCCACCAGUGGAAGUACAGACCAACCUGGUCCCCCCGAAGAAGGUGCAGCCAGGCAUGCUGCAGUCCAGCCUGGUGCACGCCAGCCUGGCCACCAUGCAGAACCCGAUGGGCUGCGCAGUGCCGAGGCUUUCUGUUUCGUCCCGCCCAGCCAGCAUGGUGGUUAGCAUGGAGGCAGUGGCUGAUGGCUCAGCCCCAUUCACCAUGAUGAAGCUGAAGACGGUGCUGGCUGUGUUUGUGGUGGUGGUGGCCUACUUGGUGGCAGGGGGCCUGGUGUUCCAAGCUCUGGAGCAGCCCUUUGAAAACAACCAGAAGAUCACCAUCACAGCAGAGAAAGCAGCCUUCCUGCAGAAACACUUAUGUGUGUCCCCAGAUGAGCUGGAGGCUAUCAUCAAGCACUCUGUGGAGGCUGUGAAUGCCGGAGUGAGUCCCAUUGGUGACACGUCCUACAACUCCAGUCACUGGGAUCUGGGUAGUGCCUUCUUCUUCGCUGGAACUGUCAUCACAACCAUCGGUUAUGGUAACAUUGCCCCAAGCACUGAGGGAGGGAAGAUCUUCUGCAUUCUGUAUGCAAUAUUUGGCAUCCCACUGUUUGGAUUCCUGCUGGCCGGGGUUGGGGACCAGCUCGGUACCAUAUUUGUCAAAAGCAUUGCCAAGGUGGAGAAGAUGUUCCGGAACAAACACAACCAGAUCAGUCAGACUAAAAUCCGUGUGACCUCCACCCUCCUCUUCAUCCUGGCUGGUUGCAUCCUUUUCGUCACCAUCCCUGCAGUGAUCUUCAAACACAUCGAGGGCUGGACGGCAUUGGAGUCCACAUACUUCGUGGUCAUUACUCUGACAACAGUUGGAAUAGGAGACUAUGUGGCAGGGGGAGACCGGAAGAUUGAAUACCGGAAGUGGUACAGACCACUGGUGUGGUUCUGGAUCCUGGGUGGUUUAGCUUACUUUGCUGCAGUGCUGAACAUGAUUGGUGACUGGCUGAGGGUGCUGUCCAAAAAGACAAAAGAAGAGGUUGGAGAGAUCAAGGCUCACGCAGCAGAGUGGAAAGCAAAUGUGCGAGCAGAGUUCCGGGAGACGCGUCGACGUAUGAGUGUGGAGGUCCAUGACAAGCUGCAGCGGGCCGCCACCAUCCGAAGCAUGGAGAGACGUCAGUUGGGCCUAGACCAGCGUGCGGUGUCUCUGGACAUGCUUUCCCCAGAGCGCCGUGCAAUGUUUAACAGUCUGGACACCAACAACUAUAAAACUUCUUCGCAGGAGAGCAUUGACACCAAGCUGAACAACCUCCGGUUACGGGGAGCCGAGCAGUGCGACCGGCACACCAACCACCAAACCACAUCCGAGGACAACAUUUUCAACCGCCUGGGCUCUGUCACAAAGCUGGCCAAGCGCAACAGGAAUCGUGACCUGAAGAAGAACAUCCCAGACGAGGCUCGCCGGCCUCACAGUGAGGCCUAUGGCUGCAGCACACCCACCUUUGACUGCAGCAUACCCUUUGCAGAUGAAGGGAAAAGUAAGGACGAAGGAGAGGAUGAAAAUGAAGACAAGGAGUGCAAUACUAGCUUGUCAGAUUUCCCACUGUUUGUGGAAGUUUGUAAGCCACAGAAUGGGUUUAUAUCAGAGCCGACCAAAGAGAAUGAAACACUUGAAGCAAAAGAGCUGCGUAGUGAGAUGGUCCCAUAAACAGAAUGUACUCCUACAAGAGGAGAUUUUAAAAACCGCCGGUAGUGCCUUGGGUCUCCCUUAUUCCUGUGUGUUCUUAAGUAGGGACUAUACUUGUCCCAUUGUGUUACAUAUUGUAAUGUUCACAGAAUUCACUGUGCCCUAUGGAUCUGAUGGACACAUAUUGUGUUUUAUAAAUGUAAGACGUGGUGGGGUCUCUGCAAUCGUGCUAUGCCAAAUGGUGGUCAUAUUUAAAAAGUCAUCAGCUAAUAGGUGUUUAAAUGAUAAUAACUUAAGUCUGAGCCUUGCAACUGUGGCCAUCAUGUCUCUCAGUCAGGAUAACACUGUACUGAGCUAAUGUAAUCUCAGUAUGACGCACUCACAUGUGUACGUCAACCAGCAACGAUGAACACAACUGCGCCUGUCUUAUGAGCCCUUGCCAAAGUUUAAGGUCAGUUCUGAAUUCUCUGUAUCAUGCACAAAUAGCGAGUAAACGAAGGUGACACUUGCUGUUUGUUCACACCAUUGUUGAUUCACGUGUAUAAUAAAUGAUAAACCUAC